CGGUGAGAGUGGAUCUCAACGGGAGUCCAGCUCAUACUCAAAAUCACCUUUCGCUUCACUUUGAAUGCUAACUCUCUCUCUCUCUCUCACACACACACAGUGACUCUCUUUGGGGGACUCUUCACUUCAUUUUCACUGCUCCCAUACAAACAAAACUAGCAGCCAUCAACAUCAACUCCAUCAUCAUCCACCAUUACCACAUUCACAGCUAAAAGCUAAACUUUCGAACCAAAAAAAAUUGGAAUUGAAAAACGCCAGUGAAAGCUACUUAUACACUACUUUGCUUUACUUUACUGAUAUUUUUAUCAUUCACAGAUUGUCCAAAAAUAGUUGCAUCAUUUCAAUUGUGGAAAUUUCUCCUGAAUUUUCCCUUCUUUGGACAUCAGGGGCUUAUGUAAUUUUCUCAGGGCGGAGGUACUAAAGAUUACUCCUGUUUUGGGCCAAAAGAGAGAAAAUUGAACAGAUAAACAGCAUUUGUGGAGAUAGUGUAUUUACAUUGCUGGCAUUGACUUUACUGUGCUCGGGAGCUGAAACUCUCUUUUGUGCUGAAAUGAAGCAAAUUGGAUGAGAUAAAAACUGAUUGAGACGAUUGAGCUUGUGUAUUGUCUUCAUUUCUGGCUUUACCAACACAACUGUUCUGAGUCCAAUCUCAUGCUUUGAGAUUAUAAGUCUAUUUUGCCUUGGGCGGUGAUGCGUCCAAUGCUAAAGAAAUGCUUUCUCAACUGGUGCAUUUUAUCCGGUCAGCUCUUCAUAAUUGUGCUUUCCGUUGGUUUAGGGGAGUAUAGAGGUGAGCCUGUUGCAUUUGAGAAGCGAAUAGAUCAUUAUUCUGGAUCACCUCUGAUUCAUUUUUCCGAAAUCAAUAUCACGUCCUAUUAUCAAGAAUCAAGAAUUCAAGUUUUGACUAACAAUUCAGUCUCUUGUGAGGACCUUGAAGGAGUUGGAUCAUUUGAUACCACUUGCUUGCUGAAUUCAAACUUGUACAUAAAUUCUGACUUGUAUGUGUUAGGUACUGGAAACUUGGAGAUACUUCCCCAGGUUUCUAUUUACUGUCCGAUAGAAGGCUGCAUUAUAAGUUUCAAUUUGUCUGGCAAUGUUAAAGUUGGGCAAGAUGCAACUGUGGUAGCUGGUUCUGUUAUUUUUUCUGCUCUUAGUCUGACGUUGGGACACAAUUCUUCUAUAAAUACUACUUCAUUGGGAGGAGCACCACCUUCUCAGACUAGUGGGACGCCAGUUGGGUAUGAUGGCGCUGGUGGAGGGCAUGGUGGACGAGGUGCAUCCUGCCUGAAAACUAACAAGACAAAUAAUUGGGGUGGUGACGUUUAUGCUUGGUCUUCUCUGUCAAAGCCAUGGUCUUAUGGAAGCAAGGGUGGUGGCACCUCUCGUGAACACAAGUUUGGAGGAAGUGGGGGUGGACGUGUUUAUCUUGAUAUGAAAGAUCUCCUUUAUAUAAAUGGAUCCAUACACGCAGACGGGGGAGAUGGAGGAUCAAAUGGUGGUGGGGGUUCCGGUGGAAGCAUUUCUAUUCAUGCUCAAAAGCUGAAAGGAUUUGGAGAAAUAAGUGCAGCUGGUGGGAGCGGAUGGGGUGGAGGCGGGGGUGGAAGAAUCUCAUUGAACUGUUACAGCAGACAAGAAGAUGUAAAAGUUACCGUGCAUGGUUUGUGUUGAUCAUACUUGUUUUUG